AUGUCUGAGCUACAGACACAGCAUUAUGUGGAGCAAACAAUUUCUCCGAAUAAACAAUUUGAUCAAAGAUUAAGCUCUAGAAUCUCAACGCAACCGCAGAGUCCUACAAAGUCACGUCGUCAGCCAAAUGACAAACGUCUUCGGCAAGAUUUAGAGUCUGGAAGUUGCAAUUCUUUACUACGUCCCGAAUUCUCUUUAUCUAAAUUGCAGUGGCUUAGUCUCACAAAAAUAACCGAUCAAAUAUAUUCUUCCUCAUCUCUUUCUGAGAAUGGAGAUCCGCAAUUAUUGGCCAUAAGUGAUGAAUAUAUUGCUGUGGUGACCUCUAAAUGCUACGCUUUACUAUUCAGCUUUCAGCAGGUACUUUUAUUGAAAGUCAAGUGGGCAAAUAUUACGCCUUCUACAAGAAUAACGGCUCUCGCCUUAUCAAUAGAUUCUACUUACUUAGCAAUGGGUAACUCUGAUGGCGCAAUUAAUUUGUAUGAUCUGAAAAAGGCUGAUCCAAUAAUCACAAUUACACCAACUACUGCUCAUGAACUUCAGUUUGACGGGUCACAUCAUCAUAUUGCACAUUUGAAGGGUUCCGCUAUUCGAUUUAUAUCUUUCAUUGGAUCAAGACAUACAGGUUUCGUCUCUUCAGAUGAUACAGGAAUCACAAUAUUUCAUAAUGGAGGACGAUCUCUGAUUGGCUAUUCAUGCAGGUCAAAAAUAGUUUUUGGUAGAUAUGAUCUUGCCAACAUCAUGACGGGAAAAGUAAACUAUUCUAACACGGUCUUGGAUUUUCAUCUACUUCCGAUUGGCUCUAAAAAAUCACUGGCAGAUGAAAUGAGUUUGAUUUCUAUGAUCACUCCUCACUCGAUGGUGGUUUUAUCGCUUAACUCAGAGCUCAAAACUCAUAUCAAAAUGAAAAAGCCUAAAAUCUCCGACCAAAGCCUUGGCAUGUCCGGUUGCGUUUCAUGGUUUCCCGCAACUGUCGGUGACUUUGGACGGCAUGAAAAUUCCCCUAUGCUUGCAUAUGCAUGGUCAAAUAUACUUGGUGUCCUCGAAAUAAAAGCAGAGAAUAACACUAAUGAAGAAGGGGAACAAACUGUCAUUCUCAAUGUUACGUCCAAAAAAGAGACGAAAUAUUCAGAAACUAUUGUCUGCUUACGAUGGCUCAACUACAGAGUUUUGGUUGCACUUACGAGGUCACAGAAAUUGAUUUUUUAUGAUUCGAGCAGUCUCGUCAUAUUGAAAGAGGUAGAUCUGAUGUACAAACAAAUGAAAAGCACUCCAAUUUUUCCUCACAAUAGCAUUGGGCUCAUUCAAAAGAGCUUUUUUGGUUCAUUUUUUACUUUGAAAUCCAGCAUUUUUAUUUUUCAGCAUAGGGAAAUUGCUGUUGCCAAUAUAUCAAACUGGGCAGAUGUUUUAUUGAAUCUUCUCGAAAAGGGAAAGUACAUUGAAGCGUUGAAGGAAUCGAAAAGGCAGUAUCAAGGUGGUGAGGAUAAUCCGCUACUAAAUUUACCUGACGACGAUGAAGCACGACAUUCAAUUAUGAAAGAGUAUCUGAUUCAGAUAUUUCGUUCUUCACUGAAGUAUAUUUUCACCGAACAGUCUUCUUCAGAUAACAGCUUGGAUCGUUAUCGAGAGAUUACACUCUUAUUAAUUCAAACCUGCCUAACGAUAAAUGCACCAUCUGAAAUGUAUGAUUUAAUUUAUGAGAAAUUGCUUGAUUAUCGUCUGGAUAGUGUCUUUUUUCAAGUGCUUGAAAACUUCAUAUUUUCGUCGGAAAUUGUCACUUUUUCACCCACAAUUCUAAAAGCAAUGGUUGUACACUAUAUCGAAGAAAAGGAUACGAAUACUUUAGAGCGGUUGAUUUGCUUGCUAGAUAUUCAGCAGCUUGAUAUUGACCUAACUGUUACUCUGUGUAAACAAUACCACUUAAAUGAGACUUUAGCUUACAUUUGGACCACUCUUCUGCACGAUAUAUUUACCCCGUUGAUAGAGGCUGUCUUGAGAAUAAAAACAUUUAAUGAGAAGGAAAAUGUAUUAUCUGAUGCAGAAAAAGAGGAAAUUGUCAACGAUAUUGGAUAUGUGUAUCCAUAUAUUUCAUAUACAUUGACAGGGCGUCAGUAUCCUACCGAUAAGUUGUUUCCAUAUACUUAUAGUCUCUCCGCAAAGUUGAAUGUUUACUAUUUCCUAUUCAAUGGAUCAACUAUUUCGUGGCCAUUGGGCUCUGCUAAAAUCCACACUGUUGAUGAUUAUAAAGCUGAGCCAGCUUUUCCUUAUUUGAGUCUACUUUUGAAAUAUGAUAGUGAAAGUAUGCUUUCAUGUCUUAAUGAGGCAUUUGAGGAUGAUUUGUUAAAUGAUAAUGAGAUGGUGGGGUCAGGUUCAACAAUUGACGAUAAAUAUCAAUUGAGAGUAAGCAGGCAAUACAUCAUUGAUGUUCUACUAGGAGUUUUUCAUGAUAACGACUCAAGUUUUUCUUUGGCUGACAAUAUAAGAUUAGCCGUUUUCAUAACCAGAAAUUAUCCCAAAUAUCUGCAGUUUAUUAGGAUAGCAGAUAGUAUAUCUGACGAAAUGAUUGCAAUUCUUUGCAAGGCAGGAACUAGCAAGAAAAAUAUAAAUAUAACCACAGAACUAGUUCAAGAUUGUGAAUUGGGGCUUCAGUCUUUACUUUCAGUUUACAAACCUUUAGAUAUUGACUACGUUCUUCUUCAGGUCAAGAAAGCUGGGUUUUAUCAAGUCUUACUGUAUCUUUACCAAUCUGAGGAAAGAUAUAUGGAUGUAUUAGAAUUGUGGGUAGAUUUGCAAAACAUGAAAAAGAUUGAGCCUGAAAAAACUGGAAACAUAGAGCUUUUCAAACCGAUAUCCGAAAUUUUGAAAGAUGCUAUGAAAGCUUCGAAAGGCUCGAAUAGGGCAGAAAUUGUCCAAAUUUUGAGUUCUAACUUCGAGCUAUUUGUCAAGUCUGAUCCGAAAAGCUUGGCUUCGGUAGUCUGUGAGUUUUGCCCAGAGCUAAACUCCGACGUUGUCAAUUUUGAGGACAACCAUAUCAAAUUUGAUUAUUUAAGAGAAAUUUUCAACACCCGUGAUGAAGGUGGAGGCAAGAAGAACAAAUUACUAGGAGCAGGCCUUAGAUAUGAAUAUCUUAAAAGUUUGAUCAGCCAAAGGAGAAUGAAUGUUUCAGAUAUCAGUCAAUCAGAUGCUGUGUUGCAAGCUCAAAUUUAUGAUGAUCCAAUUAGUGAGAAAAGUUUCAUGGAUAAUCGUAUCGAGCAUUUUGUUCUCAGUCUGGAUAAUUUGAGUACUGAUAUUGUUGACCUUUUGAAAUCCGAUGAAUCUAAUGAGUUCGAAGUUUUGAUAAAGUGGUACGUCGUUAAAUAUCAAUACGGAAAUGCCAUUGAUUCAGUUUGUGAAAUUCUGGAAAGAUCCAGCAAUGAGAUGGAAUUAAAAGGCUAUUCGAAGCAACAAGAAACUAAAGUAUGGAGAUGUAUCAACAAGGUUUUUUCUGUACUAUCUACCAAAGACCCCACUUUGACUAAAAAACUGGAAGAUAGUUUAGCUUUGAGAGAAACGCUAAUACUUCAAAUUAUCGAAGCUUCUGUCAGUAUAUUGACAAAACUUACCAACGCCUCUUCAAAAGAGAGUAGAGUAGAGCACAAGGUUGUUGACACUUUCAAAAGAGUAGUUCAAUCAAUAUUUACAUACGUCAUUAAUGUAAGCAGUGAAGAUUCCAGCUCAUUCAACAAAAUAUUCAAAAAGUUCUUGGAUGACUCUGCUAUCCACCAGACAAAGCUAGGGGACGUUAAAAUGGUUUUGAGAGAAAUUUUCAUAUCUUUCUGUAAUGAUCAACAAAUAUUAACAAUUAUUCAGAUACUGGUUGAUAACGAUAUUUUUGACAAUCUGAUGGUCUUGGAAUCUUUGAAAAUUCAAGGUUGGUCCCCAAAAAAUAUAGAGUGUGAAGCUUGUGGUAGGAAAAUUUGGGGAGGGAAAAUUGGAAACUCCGUUUACGAAUCUUGGAGAGAUCAUAAAUUGAAGAAUUUUAGAAGUGAGAAAAUUAAUGAGAACAAUGAAGGCAUAAGUCAAAUAGAUAAGUUGAACGAACUCUAUGUAUUUCAGUGUCGUCAUACGUAUCAUCGCAAAUGUCUAGAGAAUAUGGGAAUGAUAAAGGAUAGGGACAAAGAAUGUAUAUUAUGUAGGCAAAACUAG